UUGUCCUUUCACCUCUCUUCUCCCUGUUUUUCCGGUGACUCUCGCGAGUUUUGGGGCUCCCAGGCCUGGAGGCUGCAAUAUGGCGGAGGCCGAAGGGGAGAGCCUGGAGUCCUGGCUGAAUAAAGCCACCAAUCCAUCCAACCGCCAGGAGGACUGGGAAUAUAUUAUUGGCUUCUGCGAUCAGAUCAACAAGGAACUUGAAGGUCCUCAGAUUGCUGUCCGGCUUCUGGCCCACAAAAUCCAAUCUCCACAAGAAUGGGAGGCAGUCCAAGCCUUAACAGUGCUGGAAGCAUGUAUGAAGAACUGCGGGAGAAGGUUUCAUAAUGAAGUGGGGAAGUUCCGUUUUUUGAAUGAGUUAAUCAAAGUCGUCUCUCCCAAGUACUUGGGGGACAGGAUCUCUGAGAAAGUGAAAGCCAAAGUCAUUGAGCUGCUGUACAGCUGGACAAUGGCCUUACCAGAGGAGUCCAAAAUAAAGGAUGCUUACCAGAUGCUUAAGAGACAGGGGAUUGUGCAGUCAGACCCACUGAUUCCUAUGGACCGGACACUUAUCCCCUCCCCGCCACCUCGUCCUAAGAAUCCUGUUUUUGAUGAUGAGGAGAAAUCCAAGCUCUUAGCCAAGUUGUUGAAAAGCAAAAACCCAGAUGACCUCCAGGAAGCCAACAAAUUAAUCAAAUCCAUGGUGAAAGAGGAUGAAGCUAGGAUUCAGAAAGUGACCAAACGACUCCAUACUCUAGAGGAAGUCAACAAUAAUGUAAAACUUCUCAAUGAGAUGCUGGUUCAUUAUAGUAAGGAGGACUCAUCAGAAGCAGAUAAAGAACUCAUGAAGGAGUUAUAUGAGCAAUGUGAAACCAAGAGGAGAACAUUGUUCAAAUUGGCCAGUGAGACAGAAGACAAUGAUAGCAGUUUAGGAGAUAUCCUCCAAGCCAGUGACAAUCUUUCACGGGUUAUCAACUCCUAUAAAAAAAUUAUUGAAGGACAGGUCAUUAAUGGUGAGGUGGCUUCCCUAGCCAUAUCUGCCUCAGAAGGAACCAACCCCUCUAGUAACCUCAACACUCUGAUUGAUCUUGCUGAAUUGGAUAUGUCUAACAGCCCACCCCUGGUACUGGCCCCACAACCUGCCCCACCCUCCUCGGACAUCCCUAUCCUUCCACCCCCUCCAAGAAGCUGUUCAUCUAGUCAGGCAGAAACCUCUGGGACCAGUGGUGUGACCAACUCUCUGUCCCUGUUGGAUGAAGAGCUGUUAUGCUUAGGCCUUGCUGACUCAGCCCCUAAUGCUGCUCCCAAAGAGUCAACAGGGAACAGCCAAUGGAACCUAUACCAGGGCAGCCCUUUCCUCCAGUCCUCUACACAGCCCUUGAACAGCUCCCCAGCCCCACUGCCUCCUCCUCCCUUUACGGCUCCCGCUACCAAGGCCAGCGUCCCUGCCCCCAACACAGGCUCAUUCUUGUUCUCCAUGGGACUGGCCACGGCUACACCCCAAAAGGUGGGGCCACCAGCCCCAGGGUACCUCAGCUCAACUGUGGGUGAUAGUUCCCUGCACCAGUUGGAUGUUCUCAACCAGCUUCUGGAAGAUACCAAAGGGACAUCAGGCUUGGUGAAACCAGUCUCCUCCAGCUUCCUCCCUGGGGUCACCUCCUCAAUCAUCCCCAGCAACGCUCCAGUAGGGCCACCAGGCUCCUUCCCUCCUGGGCCUGGUAGCCCUUUGUUCCAACCACUGCCAUUCCAGCAGGGAAGUCCCCUGAAGGGAAAUGAACUCUCCCUGACCAAUGUCCACGUCCCCUUGGAGUCUAUCAAGCCAAGCAGUGCACUCCCAGUGACAGCCUAUGACAAAAAUGGCUUCCGCAUCCUCUUUCAUUUUGCCAAGGAGUGCCCACCUGGACGGCCUGAUGUGCUGGUGGUUGUGGUAUCCAUGCUGAAUACAGCUCCACUGCCUGUCAAAAGCAUUGUACUUCAGGCAGCAGUGCCCAAGUCCAUGAAAGUGAAGCUGCAGCCUCCCUCAGGGAUAGAACUGUCUCCAUUCAACCCCAUCCAGCCACCUGCAGCUAUAACCCAGGUUAUGUUGCUGGCUAACCCAAUGAAGGAGAAGGUAAGGUUGCGUUACAAGCUGACCUUUGCCCUUGGGGAUCAGCUCAGCACAGAGGUGGGUGAAGUGGACCAGUUUCCCCCAGUGGACCAGUGGGGGAACCUAUGACCUAUCAGGACAGCUGUAAUCUCUGCCAAGAGGACAUGGGAUGCUGCCAGAUACACCAGAAAGAGAAAGGACCACGAAUGCACCCCGGUGCAGUCCUGCUUUGUUUCUGUGGCCUGACAACAGUGCUUAUAGUUUUACUUUGGAACAUGGAAACUGGGCAAUGCUAGACUGGCCAUUCCUUCUUGGUCUUGAAAAAGACCCCUCCUCAUCCAAACACUUCCCCCUCCUCUCCUUCUGCUUUAAAAACUUGAAAUAAUGGUAUAGCUGAGGGACAAGGCAUAGCCAACUGUCAAGGAGGAUGGUUCCCUCUUCUCCUAAGCAAUAUCUGGCCUGGAUCAGUUUCUUCACUACAGUUCUAUGAGGGGAACUCUUAUAGAGAAAGAUUUUCCCAGAUGUUUUGUCCCUAAUUAACACCUGGUUUGUUACCACAACCAAAGACCCUUGGCAAAGAGGGGUAUUUGGGUCAAAACCCCACAACCACAUCCCCUUAGUAUUUAUAGGCUGGAAGCUGAUAGGAAAUGUAACAAGGGUGAUAAAAUUGUCUUUCCUCAUAUAUUUCAGAUGUUUGCUGGCUAUGUGCUACAAUUACAACAGGAGAGCUAACUAGAAAGUACAUGGAAAGAUAAGGCAACCAGUGUUCCCCCAGUGCAGGGGGUAGGGGAACAUAAGUUAGUUCUAGGCUUGGGCCAAUGAAUUCUGGUAUAGAAAUGAUACCUCUUCUCCCUGCUUAGUGCAGAAUAAAGAACUGCCUCCCUAUCCUGCCACUCAGGCUUCUGAAGAAUGCUUCUACAAACAUUUUGUAGCAUAUUUGGAUGUAUAGAAUUAGUGAUAACAUAAGCAAAUUGCACUAGGCUUUGUCCAUGUCCCAAACUAUGAGUGACUGGCUAUCUGGCCUCUCCUCUCUCCUUGGAGUAUCAGAACUAACAACAAGAUGGUGGGUCUGGAGGAAAAUGCUGAUGAAAGGAGAAGUUCAGGAGAGCCAAGUUUGCCUACCAGCCAACUGGUACCGUCUGUAAGAGGGCUUUAUAACUACCUUUCUGCAAAAGUAAGAAGAAAGGAUAAAUGGUACAUCUACUCCAGAGGGAUAGCCAACUACAUCCCUUCUUCUUUCCCAGCCAACAUUAAAGCUCAAUUUAGCUCCUUUAUGCCCAUUUAGAAAGCAGGUUUCCCUGCUUCAGAUAUGUAAGUGAAUCAAUUAAAUCACACUAAGGAACAUGAGCUUUCCCCGAUGGCUAUGCUGCUCUAGCCAGGAAAGAUAGUUUAACUGUGUGGCAUUGUAGAAGCUUCAAGGCACUGAACCUGAUGAAUGUAACUUGUUUGUAUGUUGAGGUCGCAGCUGAACUUUACAUGCUGUCUCCAAUGCACUGGUUUUGCUGCAUGUCAAAUAAACAUUUUCUGUAGGGUUUGACUCCA